AUGAGACUACAACCAAAUUUUUCAGAGAGCUUAACAGAGGAUCGCUUUGAACUGCUGUGUCCAGAUGGUCAAAAGCGUCCUUUGGGAGACUAUCGUCAAUGCAACUGGGGUCUUGUACCUGCAGACGCCGUUGUAGUAUCUUCAGCUAAAACAACAGAAGAACGAAAACACAUUGAGCGUUUCCUGCUCAAAAGCGUCGAACUCUAUUCAACUAAACCUGUAGGUGACACCCAAUCAUCUCUUGAUUCAACUACGGAUCAAGGAAAUCGCUACGAUUACGGUGGACGCAACACUAACUUCGGAAGUCCCUACAGCAACGAUCGUUUUGGUGGAUUUGGAGGAGCAGGAGGCGGCGGAUUUGGAGGAGCAGGUGGAAGGUAUGAUCCCAACAGAGGCUACGAUUCUAAUCGAGGAUUUGGAGGAUACGAUGACCCAUUCCGAACUACAACAACGACAACAACAACCACAAGACGUCCUUUCGGCUACUACGAUAAUCCUUUCGGCGUGAGGAAUCAAACGGACCAGGAUGACAACAACCAGACUCAAGUUUACGAAAGAUUUGAACUCUUUGAUUCGUCGAGGUACGGAACGAAACUCAAUCUGAUGUUUUCGGAUACAGCAAGGACAUUUGCCAGCAUCAAGGAAGUUGAUCAGAACUUUGCUGGAUACCUUGGAGAUAAUUUGGAGAUCAUUCUUGGAGUUAGGAUGUGUCCAGUUGGCAGAAUGACUCUUUGUGUGACUUCAGACGCAGAAAUGGAGAAGUGCGUGAAGAUGAGAACUGCUCUUAAGGCUCAACUUAUAAAACCCGAAAUGAUCUGUCACAAGGGACAUUCGCAUAUCAACUGUAUGCAAGCCAUUGCUUCGGGAUCAGCAGAUGUUGCUGUCCUCGAUGUUAGCGAUGUGUACACUGGAGGAUUGACGUAUGAACUGGUUCCCUUCCUAUCGGAAGUCUACAAUCUUGGAGAGCCUGAAUACUACGUGGUAGCUAUUGCAAAAGAGGAUGAUCCGGAUACCGAGUUGACGUACUUGAAAGGCAAGUACACCUGCCAUGCUGGAAUAAAUACAGCCGCCGGAUGGGUCUAUCCAUUGGCUUACCUGAUUUCUAACGGCUGGAUCAGACCUUAUGGAUGUGAUAGUAUUAGGGCAGCUGCAGAAUACUUCUCGAAAUCCUGCGUUCCUGGUGCACUCAGUGCUGAAUACAACACCGGAAUUCCCUAUGAUAACAUGUGCGAUCUAUGUCAUGGCGUUAGUUACAGAUACUGCCGUCGAGAUGCUUCCGAAGAUUACUACGGACACACUGGAGCCUUCAGGUGCCUCGUGGAAGGUAGAGGGCACGUGGCUUUCGCUAAGCAUACUACAGUCAGUGAAAAUACAGGGGGAAAAAGGCGAGAAUGGUGGGCUAGGAACACCCUCAAUGAUGACUUUCAACUUCUCUGUCCCGAUGGCACUCGGGGCCGCCUCAAUGACUACCAUCACUGCAAUCUGGGCAAAGUGAAGGCUAACGCAGUAGUUACGCGUGGUGGGAUUGGGUACAAUGAGACACAGAUCAAUGCCUACAUCAAUCUCUUCACGUACGCUCAGCAAUUCUACGGCAGGAAGGAACAAGAUGCUUUUAGUUUCAGCAUGUUCUACUCCUACCCGCCCUAUCAUGAUUUAAUCUUCCAAGAUGCUACGAGGCAACUGAAGGUGAUCAGUCCGGAAGAGAGGCGCUACGACAAGUACGUAGGGAAGGACUUUAUGCGUGCUAGAAGGAUCACGGACUGCCUGGCAGGUGGGAGUCAAGUGACGAUAAAUCGCAUGCUUAUUGCACUCAUCACCGCCUUCAGCAUCCUCUCAGGGAGGAUGUUCCUGCUAAAGUAGAUCUGAUAGAAGUACCAAGAUUAGAAAUAGGCAAUAAGAAAGUUGCAUGAUGUACAUAAUAAGAUUUGUAUCUCUUGCAGCACCAAAUCCGUGAGAUGCUGCAAAACGAAAUUUUAAAAUGUUUUAGGAACAUGAAUUCCGUCCGGAUUCCGUCCAUUUUUUACGUAUUUUUUAUAAAACAGUGAAUCUCAGUAUAUUUUAUCAACGCACACCGAGCCAUUUUAGGAAAGCAGUAGAAUGUGUAAAAGAAUUGUUUUUUGUAAGAAAAAAAUAAAUAAGAUUUAUUGUAUUUUCAGGGAAGAUCUAAUAAAGAUUUUUCGCGCGGAAA